UUCUUGCCACUUACUACACAUCCUCACGACUUCCGUCAGACGCGCCAACCAUGGGAGUCACCUUCUCAUCCCUGUGGUCGCGCCUCUUCGCCAAGCGCGAAACCAAGGUCCUGAUUCUUGGUUUGGACAAUGCCGGCAAGGUGGGUCGUACAGUAUACCUGCAAGGUCGAGCUAUACUCCCGAGUUGUCGGGAGGGAUGCAGGAGCGGAAGGGCGAAGCGCUGUGGAGGGAGAUCAUGAGAAGCAAGCCUGCAAGGGCUGCUUUUGAGUUUCUCACACCAGUCCACCAUCCUUUACCGCAUUACGAUGGGGGCCGUCGUUGCGUCGGCGCCAACAGUAGGGUCAAACCACGAGAUCUACGAGUACAAGGGUGUGCGGUUCGGCUUGAUCGAUCUGGGUGGACAAAGUAGCCUGCGGGCGACGUGGAACCAGUACUUUGCCGACACGGCUGCGAUUAUUCUCGUCAUCGACUCAAACGACGCGGCGCGCUUGGCACUAGCGAAGGCUGAAUUGCAGAAGCUGGUCAAGGCCGAGGAACUGCGCACUGCCCUCCUGCUCGUCCUGGCAAACAAGCAAGACUUGCCGGCUGCCGAGGGCCGUCUCACGCCGGCGCAAGUGUCGGAAGGGCUUGGACUCACAGACCUCCGCGAGCGCGAGUGGCAGAUCAUGGGCUGCUCGGCAUUGACGGGCACCGGGCUCGUGGAGGGCAUGGAUUGGCUGGUCACCAAGCUCGAGCAGCGCUAGACUAUAAUGACAUUACAUCACGACACUUGCAUGCCACACGAAUCAUUGUAUGCUAUCGGGGG